AUGGACGGGGACAAGAGACUACUGGCAAUUCUGUCUAAAUUGAGGGAAGACAUAGAGAUUGUAGGGACCAGAGAGGCAUCCCUAAAAGUACUGGAAGGCUACAGAGGUAGGAACCUCAGAAAGCUCAUUGAAUCCACCUUUAGAGGUAUGGACCUCAACCUCGUGUUGGAGUAUCAACAAGAAGAAAUUAGGGCAGGGACGCAGAAGGUUGUCGUGAAGGGAGGCAGAAAAUCUUAUUAUGAGUUGCUGAAACAAGUAAAGGGUAGCGUAGACACGAAGAAGGAGGGAAUUAUUGCUAAAAGCGCUAAAAACACCAGAGGCGAAGAUCUCAUCCUUAAUGUAGCAGGAAAAAAACAGAAAAAUACCGUAGAAGACGCCUAG